GGUUAUGGAAGCUGUUUUUAGCUUGUGAUUCAUCUGCAUCUAAAUCACAUGAAUUAAUCCUUUUAGGAAGGAUCUCUUCAUCAUUUCUCAUAACCUGCAAAUUUUUGUGAGAUUCUUCACAUACUUCUAUCAUCUCAUUUUGAGAUGGCAUUGUUUCAAUGGGACAAGCAGCAACACGUGGAAAAUGAAAGGUACUGAAGUACCAUUCUCAGCUCCGGAAAAGUAGUUCAACGACUAAUAGAACUGACACUACGAAGAAUAAAUUGGUGUUCCCUGUGUUCAUGUUGAUCAUAUUGAUGAAUGAGUGAAGAAAAGAGAAGGGAACCUUUGACGUCAUGAACAUUCUUCUAGUAUUGUCCGGUGAUGUUUGUGAUUGGGCAACUAUACAGUGCCGACCGAUCCGAAUUAGCCUUCUUCGACGUGGAGACCACCAUCCCGACCCGACCCGGACAGGGAUUCGCGCUCCUCGAAUUUGGAGCCAUCCUGGUUUGCCCCAGGAAACUGGUGGAGCUCCAGAGCUACUCGACCCUGGUCCGACCCGCUAACCUCUCCCUCAUCUCCAGCCUCAGCGUCCGCUGCAAUGGCAUCACCAAAGACGCCGUCCUUUCCGCCCCCUCCUUUGCCGAAAUUGCCGACCGGGUCUUCGAUAUUCUCCACGGGAGGAUAUGGGCGGGUCACAACAUACUGAGGUUCGACUGUGCUCGGAUACGGGAAGCUUUUGCGGAGAUCAACCGGCCGCCGCCGGAGCCCAAGGGCACGAUUGAUUCGUUGGCUCUGUUAACUCAGAGGUUUGGUAAGAGAGCCGGUGAUAUGAAGAUGGCCACACUUGCAAGUUAUUUUGAGCUUGGACAGCAAACACAUAGGAGUUUAGAUGACGUCCGGAUGAAUCUUGAAGUUCUCAAGUACUGUGCAACAGUACUUUUCUUGGAAUCAAGCCUGCCAGACAUACUUACAGCAAACAGUUGGGUUUCUCCAAAUGCUACCACAAGAAAUCAUGCAAAUGCAAAUGCUUCUCCAGGUGGUAUGGUCGUGAACAUAAAUGCAUCUUCAUCAAGUGUCAGAAGUGAAAAUCACCCAUUGUCAGAUCAUAGGAAUGCAAACGUAGAAGCAAAACAUCCAAUACUGUCUCUUAUGGCUCCUCCUAACACACGGGAUAUUGUUCUGGAUCAUGCUGAACCCAGUGCAGGUCGGGCUGACCCUUUUGUCAUGAGCCGACUAACUGAUGAAGUGGAGAGAGAAUCCCUUCAACAAGAUGACACCAUGGAUGGAGAAUCUAGCUCAGUUUCAGAAUCUCCAGAGACUUCUACUGCUGCUGGCUCCAAGGGCUCCAGUGGCUAUACUGACUUCUUACAGCCUGAUGAAGUUUCUAUUCCUUUUAUCAAUGCAUCUCUUGCCCCAUUUUUUCGUGGUACUCAAAGAAUUCAGAUAUUGCACAAAAAUAUUACACUGCAGCUUUGCUGUACUAAGUUGAAAGUGCGGUUUGGAAUGAGUACAAAAUUUGUUGAUUAUGCUGGCCGGCCACGGUUGAAUUUUGUUGUGGACGCUACCCCAAGACUUUGCCAGGUUUUGGAUGUGUGUGAUAAUCUUGCACAAAAAUUGUCUGUAGAUUCUGGUAGCAGUUCUGAGUGGAGACAUAUAGUGACCAGAAAGCCUGGUUUCUUCAACUCACCUAUGGUGCGAUUGCACAUAGCUAAUGUAGCGGACGGGAAUGUUGCCAGAUGGUCCACAGAGAUAUAUGAAAAGGAAUCUUCUUCCACCCCGCGGAAGCUCGUGUUCAGUAGGUUUGAUGUUGUAGAACUUGAUUCAUUGUUCACUCCUGGCACUUUCGUGGAUGCCUACUUCUCCUUGGACACAUAUGACUAUCAGCAGAGUGCUGGUAUCCGGCUGGUGGCAAAGAAGCUGAUAGUGCAUUCUACCUGAUCGGUCGUCUUCUAUGCAAAUUUAUAACAUGUUUAACUCUUUAGGAUUUGUCAUUCUAAUUUGUUAGGUUAAAUAAAAUGGAGGUGGAUGCUGAAAGUGGAAAAGAUAACUGAAGUAACUUGUAAAUUCCCAAAUUUGUGGGUUCCUUUUGGAGCUUCAUGAUUAUGUUGAUGUAACUCCAGUAACCCUUGCUGAUAAAUUUGCUUAUCUGAACAAAUUAUUCCAGCAAUUCUCUGUUCCAAGUUGUUCACUGAGUGUAAGCUUGAGGGCUUUAAUUUAGCUGGAAAAUUAUUUGUCAAAAUAGUGAAUGCAUCUAUAAGAUUGCUCAUGAUGACUAGAACAUUAUAGGAUCAAGUUGUAGGAACACUCUCUUUGCAAAAAUAAAAGUAAAACUACAUACAUAAAUGACUUUUCUCUGACCCUCAUAGAUGAUAGUCUUAUGCGUACUAUCUUGUUCAGUUUCAUAUCCAUGAUUCGAGCAAAGAACAGACUAGGUCUUUUGGAUUGGCACAAAGUUCUAUUAAAGUACCAUCAUUUAGGUUGAAGGUGAAGAUUCUUACUCUCUUCCAUGUGAGUAGGUGUGGAUUUUUUUCUCGUGUCAUUUGAAGGCAGAGUUCCAUGUGAGUAGGUGCGGAUAUUUUUCUCAAGUCAGUUCAGGACAUCAUCAAAAUGCUUGACUAGUUGGUGCUAAAGAACUAUGAGUUGAUGCAGAUGUUGUCUAAUUCAUCUCUAAAACAGAUGGAAACUAUCCCAGGCCAGCCAGAAAGAAAGAGAGCACAAGAUGAUGGAGAAAUCAUGGAUAGAGAUAAUUAACACGGUAGAAUUUAUAUGAUCCGAUUAAAUUAUCAACUACUGCGUUGCGCUUAUCAACAUCAUCAGCCCGAGUGUAAGUUACGUACCUAGAAAUUAGGCCAAACCUAACAAUUUGGUAUGCCAAACUCUUGUCUCUAACACAUGCCUCGGUGCAGAUAUUUUAGAACACAUGGGUUGUUGGUUUGAAGCUAUAUAUAAGCUGAAGAGACUUAGUGCCAAAGAUAUUGUUGGGUGGGUGCCAGAGAUAUUUUUCUGAGUCAAAUUAGGGUUUAUCAGGGGAUUAGUAAUUGGCAUGGAUAAGGGAAAGGGCAUAGUGAAGAGCAGAGGAGGAUUCUAUAGAAUCCACAACAAUGACAUUGAAGAAGUGCGCAGCAAAGUGAGGAUCCUGCUUUGUGACAGUGAUCCUGAGAGUUGUCAAGAAGUUCUCACCCUUCUCUGCAAAUGCUCUUAUCAGGUAACCUCUGCGUGGUCAGCUAGAGAUGCAGUUAAUGCUUUAACGGUUGAAGGGCCACAUGUCGAUAUCAUACUAGCUGAGGUUUACCUUUUGGUGGCCAAUGGUGCCAAGAUUUUGAAGUACAUCACACAAAAUGCAGAGCUCAAAUCCAUUCCACUUAUCAUAUAUUCAACACCGGAUCAAGUAUGUGAUAUUGGCAAGUGCUUGAAAUACGGGGCAACCGACUAUCUAGUGAAGCCUUUAAGAGAAAAUGAGUUGCUCAAUCUAUGGAUGCAUAUUCGUAUAAAAUCUUUUCAUGGCACCUCCUCGAAAAGGAAGGAUCCGGUAGACAUGGCGGCGGCGGAACAGAGCCUGCCGGAAAAGGCUGCGAACAGGGAGACGGCGGCGCUGUUCGCCAGCGGGAAAGUCAUGGAGAAUUGCCGCUCGUCGGAAGAGCGUGUGAAGCUGCUGUCGACCUGAUAGGGGUUUCGUCUCUGAGAAGAAGAAGAUGGAAGUUGGAAAUUGUCGUCUCUCGGAGCUUCCUUAAUUCUCUUUCCCUUUUUCUUUUUCUGGUUCUUUGCACGGUGGAAUAAUGGUUUGCUGUGUUGUUCAAUAAACCCCCCCCCCCCUUUGCUCUAUCUCGUGGUUGUGGGCAUUUCUGUAAAUUUCCAGGAUGGUAGUUCUUUUUCAUGUUUAUUUUUCUUUUUUUUAUUAAAUAA